AAAUUAAUUUUGAAAAAGGUGAAGUGCAUAAGGCCUGUGUCUGUGAAACAGCAACGAGAGCGGGAACGAGUUGCGUACACCUCACAUCAUCCUCCUCCUCCUCCUCCUCUACCUCUACAUAAGCGCCCUCGCAUCACAUUCUUUGCAGACUCAACAAGCAUUCAUUUCAUUUCACUCACUCACUCUUCGUUUCGUUUCUCUUUCUCACUCUAGAUCUGUGUUUCUCUCUCCAACCUUCGUUUCACCACACUUCCAUCACUUGUCGAGUGUAGAAAUGGCUCCACCAAUUGAGACCCCAACCAAGGUUUCCAGCUAUCAGCACUCCCCAAACCCUCGUCUUAACGAGAGGAUUCUUUCAUCCAUUUCCAGGAAACAUGUUGCUGCUCACCCGUGGCAUGAUCUUGAGAUAGGACCUGAAGCUCCAAAGAUCUUCAACUGUGUGGUUGAAAUUGGGAAAGGAAGUAAGGUGAAAUAUGAACUUGACAAAAGAACUGGUCUUAUUAUGGUUGAUCGUAUCCUUUACUCAUCGGUUGUGUAUCCUCACAACUAUGGGUUUAUCCCACGUACUAUUUGUGAGGAUGGUGAUCCCAUGGAUGUCUUGGUUAUCAUGCAGGAGCCAGUUCUUCCAGGUUGCUUUCUACGGGCCAAAGCUAUUGGACUCAUGCCUAUGAUUGAUCAGGGUGAGAAAGAUGACAAGAUAAUUGCUGUCUGUGCUGAUGAUCCUGAGUAUAGGCAUUACAAUGAUAUCAAGGACCUUCCUCCUCACCGUUUAGCUGAAAUUCGUCGUUUCUUUGAAGAUUACAAGAAGAAUGAGAACAAGGAAGUUGCAGUGAACGACUUUCUUCCUGCUUCAGCUGCCUAUGAAGCUAUCAAGCAUUCCAUGACCUUAUAUGCGGAAUACGUUGUGGAGAACUUGAGGCGGUAGAGCUUGGAAUUUUGUUAGGUUGUGAAGACAUACAUGCUUUCAAAGGCUGCUAUUAUAAUUGCGAUUAUGACGAUAAGAAAACCUUUCUAUCCUUGUCGCGUGUGCAUUUGGUCUCAGGGCUGGCAACAUGCAUAUUCUGCACAUGUGCUUAAUUUUGAGUGAAUGAUUUUUAUUUAUUUAUUAAUAUCAAAGUUUUAAUGUUGUAGCUCAAUCUACCAAAUAUUUGGAGCAUAUGGGAUUCCUAUAUAUCUUAUAUAUAUACAUAAAACAUUUUUACAACAAUUAUUAGUACCAUGUUUUCUGUGCUUA